GUGUGGCUAGGUAGCUAAUCAGAGGCUAGACUUAUCUGUGGUGUGAACUCAUCACUUCAAUACAAAAGACUCUCCCGUACCCUAACUAUCGCAAUCCCCAUUCCUCUCGUUUGGGUGCUUAGGUCCAUACGUCUCGAGAUUCUCUACAACCGGCAAAAUGCGGUUGACUGACCAAUCUAUGACCAUUUCAGUUCUCUCGAACGAGCUCUUAUUAUGUAUAUUCGACAAUUUACUACCUUCAACAUUGCUUCAAUGUACCCUUUGCUGCAAACGAUGGUCACGUCUAGCUUCCCCUGUAUUAUACAAGCACAUCGCAUUAACCCCAAGUACCUUCUCUAAAUGGACCAAGAACCCUUCAGACUCGAAUGAUGUGCUUAUUAGUACAUUCACUCUAUACAUAAACCUGGUGAGAAGCAGGCCAGACCAGAAGAAUGAUGUAUUUCGCCAACUCUACGAUGACCUUCUUAAGCUUCCCUCGCGACUCGCGAAAAUGGCAAACUUAAAAUCCUUUUCUCUCACUACGUCGUAUGGUGCGUUUGCCAACUUAUGGGUACCGGGGAGAUUGGUUGUUCCCAUUAUUGAUCACCUGCCCCCUACUUGUAUAUGUCUGGAAAUCGAUAUUAUGAGUUCGAGCUGCGAGACCUAUCGAGGCUACUAUCAGGAACAUUUAUGUCAUUCUAUUCGCCGAGUGCUCCCUCAGUUACAAUUCCUACGACUAAGCUACCCAAGAUUGUGCCCUGAGGCUUUUGGAUAUGGCUUUGCGAUCCAGCCAUCAUGGGAAAAAAAACACUUUCAGCCUAUCCAAAUGCCGAGGCUAGAGCAGUGUUUAAUCAAAGCAGCCCAGACUAAUCACGCUGUUUCUACAGUUUCCCGCUCUACAGCAUGUUAUCGCUCCGAUGUUCACGCCGUGACCAUUUUAACGGAUUACUUGGCCAUAUUAAAGUCUUCGGGAAACGCGCCUAGGCUCCAGAAGUUAUGGGUUAUUGACGCUCUACCCUCUGGCCAUUAUUACAACGCAUUGGGGGCAUGGGUACGUCGUAAUAUCUUAAAAGGGAAUAGUGAGACCCUACCAUCCAAAAGCCUGAUUAGAAAUCCAACUAGAAAAUUCUACGUGGAGGCAUUAUUCAUUCGUACUCCUAGAGAUGAAGGUGGCCAAGAUCUUAUAUCAACUAGAGAGGGCGUGCAACUUCUUGCAGAAGGCUACGCCUGGGUCCAAGCCAGCAAUGGGGCUCGGAUCCCUGGUCCAUAUAUCUCUAAAAGGACCCAUCUCGAACCGGUUACACCUGUGAUGCGAACGGAAAUAGAGUGGCUUGCGUUGACGAACGUCUCGUGUAACUUAUGGUUGUAUGAGACGACUGUCGGUGCCCGGCUAUUAGAUGUAGCAGAGGGAGAAUUGACCGAAAAUCGCGUGCCAAUUAUUCGACUUCCCGAAGGCUGGACUUUGAGCUAUGAUGGCUGGACUUUGAGCUAUGAUGGUCGGCUCCAUGGUCCUUGAAAGAUUAGUAUCUUGGUCGGGAAUCUUGUUGAGCCCCUGAAAAUGGGAGUUUACAGUGGCUUUUAAAUAACUAGCUGAUACGGACACAAGGGACGGUUCUCCUAGACAAGUCAAGUAGACCAGCGGUUCACUAGUGAUUGGGAAUUAGGAUGGUUGCUUUGUCAGGUAGAUGUUGCUGAUGGUAAUAUCUCAAUAUAAAUGCUGUACCA